UGUCAUACACAGCUGCUUUUUUUCCCCCUCUGCAUUUCAAGACUCAUGGUAGAAUUCAGGGAGCGUACAACUGUAUUUUGCACGGAAUUCAUUCAUGGACACCGGACAAAACCUCUAGUAUCUGCUAUUUUCUAAACCCACAGCGGCUUUUGACGAGGUAAUGUCUUGAAAAUAUUAUAAUGUUAACUCCAGUGGCAGCAGCAGCAGCAGCUCCAAGCCACACUAGUUUUGUUCUUAAACUUUAACGCAAGCACAGCCUUGCUCGCGGUUAGGACUUCAGUCGUCAGCUCCUCGCAGAAGUUGUGGAAAACCAUGAGGACCGGGGAACGGCUGUACAGGACGGGUUCGCUGUGGGACAGGAGAGCGAGGCGGCAAAGUUUCUGUCCGGCUCAGCGUCUCCUUGAAUGGGACGGUGUGUUUUGAUCCUGCUUGCCAUUCUGCACGAGCUCUCUCUGUACCGUCAGGGGGGGCAGCGGUCCGACUGGCGGGGAGGGACACGGCGGAGCGGAGGGGCUCCUGGCUGUCGUACUGCCUGCUCAACCAAAACCAGACCACUUUUCAUAUGAGGCGAUUUGGGGAGAUUAUGGUUGGGAAAGGCCUGCUGCUUUGUCGCUGCUGGCCCGCCAACACGGGGAACAACUGUUGUUUGUUUUAUUUCACUGCUAUAGCCACAGACAGUGGGACUGAAGGGAGACACAGCGUCACUCACUGGUUUGACUUCAUGUUGAUUAAUGAGCUCUGACUUUACGAGAGUGAAGCUGCUCACGCGCGCCUGCGCAUUUACGCACGCACGCAGACACGCGCUCCCUUUUGUUGUGAAGUUUACUUUCAGCUGAAAGUCUGCCAUUUUAAUUCCACUCAUUGUCCAAACAAGUAAGUUCAAGUUGAGUUGCAGUGGAGGUGUGAGGAUGGUGGAGAGCCGGAGCUGUGUCCAGAGGGAGGGGGUGUACCGCUGGUUCUCCUCCCUCACCUCAGCACAGAGGGCAGAGUUCCUAUGCGGCCUUCUAGACCUCUGCGUCCCCAUCGAGCUCCGCUUCCUCGGCUCCUGCCUGGAGGACCUGGCCCGCAAGGACUACCACUCCCUCCGGGAUGCGGAGAUCAAAGCCAACAACCCCACCGACCUCUCGGGCCUCACCAACAUCACGGACGAGGUGGUGCGCAGCAAACUGCUGGUUUCCCUCGCCCUGCUGGGCUCGGACAACAGGGAGGCAGCGGGGGUCCUGUACCGGACCCUGACUCACAUAGACACGGUUAUCAAUAACUACGGCCUGGCGUUGAACGACGGGAGGACGGAGGAGCAGUUCCUAUUACUGUUCACCAUGGCCUCUCACCACCCGGCCUUCAGCUUCCACCAGAAGCAGGUGCUGAGGCAGCAGCUCGGCCAGAUCCAGGACAUCCUGCAGGUGAGCAGUGGAGGAGGAGGUGGAGCGGGGGAGGCUCAAGCAGCGGUCCCUGGUGGAGAUCGAGCCGCCAUCUGUUAUGCUCAGCGACACCACCACUAUCACCAUCAGACUAUGUCCCUGCCUCUGGCCUCUUUGUCCCCCACUGCCUGCUCCCUGCCUGAUGCCAGUGCUGCCUACCUGCCUCUGUCGGCCUGCAAACCCUGCCACACACAUUGCACCUGCUGGCACAAGAGCCAGAACAGAGAGACAGGCGCAGUCUCGGGGCCGGGCUCAGGGGUCAGCAUGGGGCGACGAGACCAAGUGGUCAGCCAAGAGCUUAGCCCUCCUCAACCAGACCUCCCUCCUCCACCUCCUCCUCUUCCCCCUCCCCCUCCUCCACCACCACCUCCUCCUCAUCUGCCUCCUCCUCUACCUGCUGGGCAAGGCCACGAUGCAGCACCACCAACCAAGAACAUCCAGGGGAAAGCAGGAGAAGCGCUGAUUGAGAGGGUGGUGCUGAGAGGAGUGACACACAAGUCUGAAGACAGCAGUGAAUAUAUGUUUGAGGCCAGCUGGUCGGACGGUUUUGUGUCAUCCGUUGUCAGGACUCAGCAGGAAGUGACAGAUCUGCUGUCCCAGCUGUCACAAGCAUUUCCUGAUGAAGGAGUGGAGACAUUCCUCCCUCAGUCAAUAGAGCUGGACCCCAGGUGUCUGACAGCGCUGCCCUGCCAUGUCCUCCAGCACCACAGUGUCCAGCUGUUCUUCACCUCCACCAGGCCUCUCUCACCCAACUGUCCUGCCUCCCUCCCUCCUUUGCCCUCCUCCCUUCCAACGGCUCCUGUAGCUCCAUCCUGCCCGUUCACCUCCAGCUCUAAUCUUGGCUGUAUGGUUCAGUACAGAGGAACUAACAGGGCAGUGUACAGAGUGGCCAGUGUCCAACCCGUCAUCAGCACCCACAGCUCUGUCUUGUCUCGCCCUUCUCCUCACCUCUCCUCCGUCCCUCCUCCUCUACCUCCCUCCCUUCCUCCUCCCCAGCACUCCCCACAGCUCUCCUCCCUUCCCCCUCCCGUGCCAGCCCUACCAGCACAGUGCUCCAUGGCUGUGGGAGGGGAUCCCUGCUCCCAGCCGCAUCCCCAACUCACUCAGUCGCACUCGUACCCUCAGUCCCAGCAGCACUCCCAGCACCACCUUCAUACACAAACCAGCAGUCAACCCAGCGCACAGUCUCAAUCCCUACACCUGUCUCACUCCCUGCCAGCAACCCACUCACAUUCCCAGACCCGUUCUCAGUCCCAUACACAGGCACCAUGCCAGUCCCAGCCCAACACCCCAGAGCAGAAUGAGAUACUGGACUGGCUCCGCAGGCUUCGGCUUCACAAGUAUUACCCUGUCUUCAAAGAGCUCACUAUGGAGGAGUUUUUAGGGCUGACAGAGGAAGACCUAAAUAAGUACGACCUGACCCAAGGAGCAAAGAAGAAACUAAAGACUCAACUGGAGCUACAAAAGUCAGUCGACAGGGAGACGAAGAUGGAGAAACGGUCCUGCAGCGGCAUCGCCAGGGUCACACCCUCCAGUCACAUGGGACCCUCAACACAUCCCACCUCCACUGCAGGAGAGCUAAGAGUGGAGGUGGAUGCUGUGCUGCACCAUCACCCCAUCUCAACAGAUAGCAGCUCUUCCUCAGGCUACUCAAGCUCCUCCUGCUCCCCCCGAACACCACUUUGCUGUGACUCAACCUUCGACAGAACCAGAGACAUUCACAGGCGUGUGCAGGGUCCAGAUGCAGCAGCAGGGGGUCCUGAGAAGGACCGGUCCUGCCUCUUCAUCCUGAACUCCAGCUGCCCCACAGGCUCCAGUCGCCCCACAGCCCAGGUCUUACCUGUACAAACCGAUCCCGCUCCUCCUCUCCCUCCCUCCUGCUCCUUCGGCCUCCCGCAGUCUCCCUACCCCCCACAGGCCAGUUACCCUCAGACCCUGCUCUCCCCAGUCCCAAACCCAGCACGCAUCCUGACAUCCCCACGCAAGCCCAGGCCCCCUCCGCUGAGCACGGAGGACAGGACUAAACCGCUGGGCUCGGGCCUGCCGCCAGCUGGUGGAAGCUUUAAUGUGGGGAUGGGGAUGAGGCUGGAGAACCUGUUCCCUGCCCUCAACAUGGACGGCUCCUCCACACUGCAGGACUCAGGGGUUUGCCGUGGCCUGGUGGGAGGUGCUGUGGGUCUGAUGGUAGAAACCAGUGCUGCUAUGACCUCCACCUCUAACAGCCUCCACCACGUCUCCCACCCCCCCCUGCACUUCCACCUCUCGUCCUCUUCGACGCCCUCUCCAUCCGGAUACUACUCCUGCCCACCUGCUUCCUCUUCCUCCACCUUCACUUCUUACUCCUCCUCCUCCUCCUGUCCCUCCACAAAGUCUGGCUUGCAGUCUGGCAGCUCAGCUGGUGGUGGUGGCUUUCUUCCCAUGGUGACUGCAAACAGUGUUCCUGUGGCUGCGGUACCCGGCAACACUUACUACCCACCCCAGCCUACUUCAAGCCCCUCCCCUUCCUCCUCCUCUGCCUCUUCAUUGGAUCAAAGUUCAGGUCACGCCCCCUCUGUGUGUGUGUGCAGCUCGUGUGGCUGUCGAGGGAACUGCGGCACCUACGGAGCGUUGCCUGGAUACGCAGCGGCCGGCUACCUGCAGCCGUUCUCGGCUGGCCCGUCCCUCUUCACCUUGGGUCCUCUGCUCCACCUCAGCCCCCUGAUAGCCUCAUCCACUAAUGCCAGCUCCGGAGCCACACCCUUCUCCUACCCGAUGAUGAUGCCACCGCCCCUGUACCGCCACAGCCCUGUGUCACAUGACCAGCAGCAGAGCUUUGCCUUUUACCAGCCCCAUGGCAUGCUGGGAAGCCAGAAACGUGCAGCUGGGAGUCUGUCGUGCUAUAACUGUGGUGCCAAUGGACACAGAGCAGAGGAGUGCAAACAGCCGCCCAUGGACUCAGCUCAGCAAGGGACAUUUCGACUGAAGUACACUCCUCACUCUGACAGUAAGGACUCAGGGGACUAACCAGCAGAAACACCAGUGGAUCUGAACUGUCUGACUCCUGACACAACUGUACCUCAUGUUGCUGCUGAAGCCAGAGGGCAGCAGCCUCUGUGUUUAAAAGGGACGAGACGAGACAUGGCGAUGGAAGUCUUUUCAAAGAUGGUGGAUCUGGAAGCACAGAUCUCCUUUUUAUACUUAUUUUAAGACAGAGUACAGAGAGAUAAGAGGAGCAUGGAGAGGAAACAGAUUGGCGAGAAGAGGAGUGGUUGUCACAGAUUAGCUUUCAUCCCUCCUCAGAUCUCCACAAACACAAACACAAGUUCCUCUCAGCUGUAGCUGAAACUCUGCUCAUCUUCAGAUAAAACACUACAAACAGGCAAUCACUUGUGUUGCUUAUGGUACAGAACAACCAGAGUCUCCAAAUCUGCCACCCGGCUCAUCAUUCAUAUCUUUUUAGAUGGUUCACAAACCAAAGUCACAGCACUCCCUGGGAGCUCGGCGCAUUUUUCCUUGUUCUAAAUCUAAAAAACUGUUCAAUAUGAAUACUGUGGCAGACUGGAUGUCCAGCUCCCUCCAGCCACAAGGAAGCACCUUUGAUGUAAAACAUCUCAAUCUCAACGCCUUAUAUUCAAAGGAAAUCAUGCAAUACACGCUCUGAGUGAAGGCCAUUUAGUGAGUGAAUCACCAUUUAACUACCAUCCACAACUCUUUUUGUGCAGCUGUGAGUAGCCCCUUUUUGAGCACUGCAUCAUGGGAGAAUCAUGUUCGAUGACACACACUAUCAGUCUGGUGUUUAUUGUAAGCACAUCGACUCUUUUCAAGUACUUAAUUUUGUAAGGUUUAUGUACACACCACAUAUUCAAAACCUGCUGAGGAUUAUUGUUCACUAAAGAUGUAGGACACAGGCAGGGUGUUACUAAGGUUUUCAGAUCAUUUUCAGAUCAUCCUCUUGGUCAACCUCCCUCCCAAAUGAGGUAAAAAUGCUUCUUCAAUGUGUAGGAUCCCUAAUUAUUAUUUUUCAUCUUCUGAGCAUCAAUGUCUCCUUUUAAUAUCUGAUGGCGGAUCAUUAGAUACUGGAGGAUGCAUAAGAAGCUUGUGUAUCCUCCAACAGGAACGCAAUCUGACAGGCCUUGUUGGCCACGGGUGACGGCGUACGUAUAUUGGGUGAACAUUAUCCAGCCGUUGUGCUGGGACACAGCAGUGUGCGUGUGUGUGGACAGGUCACACCUGUAAAUUGGAAAUAGGGAUCCUGCACCGGCCAUUUUCCUGUCUGUUUAAACCUUCACCAGUGCCUGAAGUCAAACCCUCAGCAGCCUCUCUACCUCUGAGAGAGAAAUGGCCUCCAGUGCCAAAUGCUGUUCUCCUACAUCACGACAACCAGAAGGAACAGUGAACAGAUUUAGACACUUUGUGUACCGACUAAACAGCCCUGAUGUCUUUUUUUCACAUCAGUGUUUCUGUGCUGUUUCAGGUUAAAUGGAUCUUUCAAAGGUGCCAUUUUCUUCAGUUCAGUUUUGAUGUUUUUUUUGUUUUUUGUUUUGUUCAUGUUUUUGAUGUUAUUGAAUGAAUGUUGAGCAACAACAACAACACUCUUUGUAUUAAUGUGUGUCGUCUUUUAUGCAAAGGAACAUUCAGGGCUGAGUUGGAAAGGAUCUGAGUCUGUCAGUAAAGGUUUGGCAGUGUG